AUGGAAACUGAUUUGAAUCCCAUAGAACAGCUCACAAAGUCAGUGGAAAACUCUAAAAAAGAAUUUAAGGAACUGAAGGAGGAAUUGCUGAAACAAAGAGAAAAAAGAAUUCAACUUGAAAAAAAACUGGCUGCAGCCCAAGAAAGAGUUUUAGAAAAGAGAUUAAACAAAAACUCAAUAGAGAAAGUCUUACUUGAAAGAAAGGCUGAGCUGGAGAAUGCAGAGUUAAAUGUGGAGAAAUAUGAAAGGAUUAACCAAGAGAAAAAGAAAAUAGUUGAAAACUUGGAGAAGACUAUUGCAGAAGAAGAUGAAAAUUUCAAAGCUAAAUGCUUUGAGGAAGAUAAAAAGUUUGAAGAACUCAUGGAGCAAUUUAAAGAGUUGAGAAGAACUAGGAUGGAAAUGUUGGAUAAUUCUAACUUGGCAAAGCAAUUGCAGGAUGAAUAUAAUGAGCUUCAAAAUAAUGUCAUUACUCAACGUGAAAAGGAAAUUUCAGAGUUACAAUCCAAAGUGGAAAACAUCAAAUUAGGGGAGAGUGAGGAUUUGCCGACUGAUGGAAAUGUUUUGAGCAUGAAGGAAAAGAAAUAUGUGAUGUACAUUGUUGAUGAAAAUAUAAAAUAUUUUGAAGAAAAGGAAAACGAAUUACGUGCUCAAGACGAGGGCAAGGUGAAGAAGGAGCGCUUGCGAUUGCAGCUAGAUAGUGCGCCGUGA